AAUGAGAAAAAAGAAAAAUAAGAAAAAUGAAUGAUCAGCAAGUGUUUGAUGAGUUGGUUGUGACUCUCUGAAAGGUCGAAAAUUUUAUUUAUUAUUUGUUUUUUCUCCGAAGAAAGUUUUUUCAGAGACCCCUUAUAAGAGUACAAGGGGUUUCUGGAACAUUUUUGAAGGUCUGUUGUCUAGAAAAAGAAGCCUUUUUUAUUUGUUUUGAGGUUGAAGAAGAAGAAAAGGAGGGCUCUGAAAAGAAAUGAUUAGAUUGUGGAUAACUUCUUUGCAAUUAGCAGAGUUGUUUGUGAGCUCUUUGGUUCAUCUUCUAUAUGGGUUUUAUAUCUUUAGCUCGGCGGUGGCUGGUGAUCUCUCUCAGACUUUGAAUGAAAUAUUUAAGCCUAAUGUGAAAGUUGAGUUGAAUGAGAUUGUUCCUCAGGAGAGACCCGUCAAUGUUGAGAAUUUACCUCCUAUUGUUUUGGUUCACGGAAUUUUUGGUUUCGGUAAAGGGAGAUUGGGAGGUUUAUCAUACUUUGCCGGGGCAGAGAAGAAAGACGAAAGAGUCCUUGUACCUGAUUUGGGGUCCUUGACAAGCAUUUACGAUAGGGCUAGGGAAUUGUUCUAUUAUCUGAAAGGUGGGCAAGUUGAUUAUGGUUUAGAACACAGCAAAGCUUGUGGGCACUCCCAGUUUGGUCGGGUUUAUGAACAAGGGCACUACCCUGAAUGGGAUGAGGAUCACCCUAUUCACUUUGUUGGCCAUUCAGCUGGGGCCCAGGUUGUUCGUGUGCUGCAACAAAUGCUUGCUGAUAAGGCGUUUAAGGGAUUUGAGAACACUAAUGAGAAUUGGGUAUUGAGCAUCACUUCUUUGUCUGGAGCAUUUAAUGGAACCACGAGGACCUACUUAGAUGGGAUGCAGCCAGAAGAUGGGAGGUCCAUGAAAUCUAUUUGUUUGCUGCAGUUAUGUCGUUUAGGUGUUAUUAUUUAUGAUUGGUUUGAUAUUCCAUGGCUAAAGGCGUAUUACAACUUCGGUUUUGAUCACUUCAACAUGUCUUGGACGAAGUCGGGUAUUUGGGGUCUUGUUGAUUGCCUGUUAGGGAAUUCUGGUCCAUUUGCUUCUGGUGAUUGGAUCCUGCCAGACCUUACAAUUCAAGGAUCUAUAAGAUUGAAUAGUCAUUUACAUACAUUUCCCAACACCUACUACUUCAGCUAUGCUACCAAGCGUACUAAGAAGAUCUUCGGCAUCACUGUUCCCUCUGGGAUACUUGGAAUUCAUCCAAUGCUUUUUGUUAGAGUAUUGCAGAUGAGCCAAUGGCGUCAUCCUCCAGAUGUUUCUCCUCCUUACAAAGGCUAUAGGGAUGAGGAUUGGCAGGACAAUGAUGGAGCACUCAAUACCAUAUCCAUGACGCACCCUCGUCUUCCUAUCGAGCAUCCUAACCGAUUUGUUGCAAAUGAAUCAGAUUGCCAACCUAUGGAACCGGGUAUCUGGUACUACAAGAUUGUGGAAGGUGAUCACAUACUGUUCAUUGUGAACCGGGAGAGAGCAGGAGUCCAGUUUGAUAUGAUAUAUGACAGCAUUUUUGAACGUUGUAGAAAACAUGUAUUUAGGAAAACCCCACCAAUAUUACCAAACCAAAACCACCAAUAGUUUUAGUAUUAUUGUCAUACAAAUUGGUAUGGAAAACUUCAAAGAAAGCCAUUAAAGAGCAAUACGCCGGGCCCUGAUGUAAAUAUGGAUAGUCAUUUCUCCCAUUCUUCUCUUACAUUUUUACAAUAUUGUACUCAACUACUUUUGGGGCCGAGGAGGAUGAUUAUAGAGAUAUAGGCUGCCUUUACUUUGUGACAUCCAUUAAAAACUAAUAUCUGUCAACAAUCUUUUUGUUUCUCUCUUAUUAGACAUAAACAAUUAACCUUGCAAA